AUGAAGCUCUCUACGCUCCUCGCACCCCUCGCUCUCAUCCCCUCUAUCUACGCAGUCAAAACGACCUACGACACUGUGUAUGAAAACCCGAAGGGAUCUCUCGCCACUGUCGCAUGCUCCAACGGUGAUAACGGCCUCCUCACGAGAGGCUUUACGACCUUCGGGUCCCUUCCCAGCUUCCCCCGUAUUGGCGGUGCCCCAGCCGUCACUGGCUGGAACUCGCCAGGAUGCGGCACCUGCUGGAACUUGACCUACACCAACCCGCAAGGAGUCUCGAAGAGCGUUGUCAUAACCGCCAUUGACGUCGCUAUUCCCAACUACAACAUCGCCCUCUCUGCGAUGAACGAGUUGACCAAUAACCAGGCAGUUCAGUUCGGAAUCGUCCCUGUUACUGCUGCCCAAGUCCCUGCCUCGGCUUGCGGAUUAUAA